GCAGAGGAGAAACGGAGAAAUCCACCUUCUCUCUCGUCGGCCUAGCCCUCAUGCGCCCACGCGUGCAGCCCAGGAGCAGGGGUCACCUCCCCCUCUGAAUCGGUCCUCGUUUCUCUCCCCCUCACUGCGAAGCUAGGGUUUGGGGGGCCUCACUGCGCUCGGGUCGUCCUCCGGCGUGGCGUCCUCCGCCGGGCCGUCCUCUGCCCGUCGCCCUCCUCCGGCAGUCGCCCUCCUCUGGCCUUGACUGCGCGUCGCUCACCUCCGGCCGACCGUCCUCUGCUGCGCCCUCAUCCGCCGCUCGGCAUCCUCCGCCACCCCCUCGUCCCGGCCGUCGCCCUCCUCCGCCCGUCGAUCUCCGUCUAUCCCGCCGGUCGCUGUUCAGCUCCUGCCACACAGCCAGCCUUCUUCCUCUCUUCCGGGUGUUAUCAAUUUGACAAUUUUGAACUACCCUUGCACCAUUUAUUAUGGAAGUCGAUGAUGACGUGGAGGAUGAUGACAUGGAUUUCAACCCUUUUCUUAGAGAAGGUUCUCCAUCUGAGACCUCAUCAAGCCUCACCUCAGAGGCGGAAUGCGAGGAAGCUAGUUUUGAUGAUCAAAUAAGUAGUGAGGUAUAUCCUGAUGGUAAUUGUGUCAAUGAACACACGGGUGACUGUGCACACCCUCAGAAUGUAUUGCUUUCUGAAGGAGUCUGCAAAGAAAAUAACCCAGAAAGCACUUCAUCCCAAGUUCCUUGUGAGAAUGGGGACGAUCGCUUGAAUGGAUUGGAAGAAGAGGCCUUACCAAGUGAAGUUGCUUGCUCUCCAACACUAAAGAAUUCUGAUAGCAUGUUGCUUGAGGGUAGUGAGGAAGAUGCGAUCUGCAGGCGGACUCGAGCAAGAUACUCUCUAGCGAAUUACUCACUAGAGGAGUUGGAGACCUUUCUCCAGGAAUCAGAUGAUGAUGGUGACCUGCAGAAUGUUGAUGAGGAAGAGGAAUAUCGAAAGUUCCUUGCAGCUGUCCUAUCUGGUGGAGACAAUGACACACAGGUAUGUCAGGGAGAUGAAAACCAAGAUGAAGAUGAGAAUGAUGCUGACUUUGAGCUCGAGAUUGAGGAGGCCCUAGAAAGUGAUGAUGAAAAUGCUGAGAAUUAUGAAGGUACAAAUACUAUGAAAGAGAAAGAUGGCCGUAGGCGUCAAACCAGGCAAAAUCGACCAUGCACAGAGUUGUCUGGGUCAAGCAAUGACCACCAUGGAUCGACCAAAUCUUCUUUACGACCAAUUCUGCCAUAUAUGGUUCCUGGUCAAUCCUAUGGGUGGCAAAAUCCAUCCCAGAGUGCCUUUAUCCCUUCAUCCUUGAUAUCAGUAAACAGUGCUUCUUUAGUAAAUGGAUUUACUGAUCAGCAGCUUGGUCGCCUGCAUAUGUUAAUAUAUGAACAUGUUCAACUCCUGAUCCAAACCUUUUCAUUAUGUGUUCUUGACCCAUCUAAACAGCAGCUAGCUACUGAUGUUAAAAAGAUGAUAGUUGAGUUAGUUGGCUGUCGUGAUCAAGCAUUGGCCAGUAGAAGCACUAUUCAUCGGCAGUUCUGUUUUGAGCCACAGCAUCUUUGCACUUCAUUUAGUUUUGACUCUUCUGAGACCUUAGGGUACCAAUGGAUGCCAUUAAUUAAGAGUCCUGUCAUGUCCAUUCUGGAUGUCUCACCACUUCACCUGGCCCUUGGCUAUUUAAAUGAUGUCGCAGAUGCUGUUGUGAAGUAUAGGAGAAGCCAUGUGGAUGGUACUGCUGACAAAAACCGCUUUAGGAAAGAACCUCUUUUUCCUACGACAGUAUUUAACACUUGUAAAGAUGCCAACAUAGUUUCUCAGGGCAGAUCAAAUAGUGUGUCCAUAUCACCAGAUUCAUCUGGGAAGUCACAGCAGAAGAAAUCAUUAGCUGCUACCCUUGUCGAGAGCACUAAAAAGGAAUCUGUUGCCCUUGUUCCAUUUGAUAUUGCAAGAUUAGCACAAAGGUUCUUUCCACUUUUCAACUUUUCACUAUUUCCUCAUAAGCCACCUCCUACAGCUAUGGCUAAUCGAGUGCUCUUCACUGAUGCUGAGGAUGGAUUAUUAGCUCUUGGACUUUUGGAAUAUAAUAACGACUGGGGAGCAAUACAAAAACGUUUUCUUCCAUGUAAAUCUAAGCAUCAGAUAUUUGUGAGGCAAAAGAACCGCAGCUCCUCCAAAGCUCCUGGUAAUCCAAUUAAGGACGUGCGCCGUAUGAAGACCUCUCCAUUGACAAGUGAAGAACAACAGCGCAUCCAGGAGGGGCUCAAGGUAUUCAAAAAUGAUUGGGCACUAAUUUGGAGGUUUGUUGUGCCACAUAGAGAUCCUUCAUUGCUCCCACGCCAAUGGAGGUCUGCCACUGGCGUUCAGAAAUCCUACAAUAAAAGCGAAGCCGAAAAAGAAAAGAGGCGAUCAUAUGAAGCAAAGAGGAGAAAACUUAAAGCUUCCAUGCCUAACUUGCAAGCGGUUCAUGGGCAGGAGGCGGACAACAAUGGUUCUGAGGGUGCUGAAAAUGAUGAUGAUGAUUCAUAUGUCAAUGAAGCAUUUUUGGCAGACACAGAGAAUAGGAGCAUGAUCAUUAUGCCGUAUCAGCUGUCAUUACCAAGAAAUGCCAGAAAUGGCAUGAUGAUGCAGUCAAGCAGCAGUCUCUGUGAAGAAUCUGCUGUUGCAGGUGACUCGGCUGAACAACAGAAAGGAAACAGUGCAAACUUCGAUGCAACUGCUUCAUAUUUUCCUUUUAGUUCCUGCGCUUCUGAUGGCCUUUCAUCUAAGCAAAAGGUACAACAAGGUGGCUCUUUGGACCGACCACAACCUUCACAAUUCUGUCAAGAGAAAGGUAGCUGUGUGGUCAAGCUAGCCCCAGAUUUGCCUCCUGUAAACCUUCCUCCUUCUGUCCGUGUGAUAUCUCAGGUGGCAUUCCAUCAGAAUCCGACACAACUCAAGGGCACCUCAGAUAGUGUGGCAAAGGAUCUGUUUCCUGUACCACCUCCACCCUUUACAGAAAGUGUUUAUAGACAACUAAAUCUAUUCCCUGAUCAUAGUACUAGUGUUAGAUUACAUCAGAAUGGGAUUUCUAAUGGAAAUAAUACAGAAGAUGGCGCUGAGCAAGAUUUUCAGAUGCAUCCUUUGCUUUUUCAGUACCCAAGAGAAGUGCUUUCAUCGUAUAGUCACCCGGUCCAAAACCUUAUCAAUCAUUCAAGGGAUCUUUUCCCCUUUGAGAAAAUCCAAACGGAAAAAAGUAACAAUCCGACUACAGAUUCCAUUGAGGCGAGAACUCCUGUAAAUGCUAAUACUAUUGAUUUCCAUCCUCUCUUGCAAAGAACCGAAGUUGACAUGUUUGGUGGAGCACCAGGAAAUGACUGCAAUCAGCCUUGUAAUCAAUCAGAGGGUAACAUGAGGGAAGCCCCACCAGAUGACCAGUCAACAGAUAGGCAAAAAUCCACAAGCCCUUGUGAGAAGGAGAAUAAUAUUGACCUGGACAUUCAUUUAUGUUCUUCAAGGGACUUCAUCAAUGGAAAGGAUCUCAGAGGUACCUGUAGCAAAUUGAAUGAUAGGGCAGAGGGGUCUAGGAAGGAUAAAGCUAGUGUUUCAGAGCUGGAGGUUAGUUCUCAUCAUGGCAUUGAUGAGUCUAAUGAAGAAUCAAUGCAAGGCAUUGUAAUGGAACAAGAAGAAUUAAGUGAUUCGGAGGAAGAUAGCCAACACGUCGAGUUUGAAUGUGAGGAAAUGGAUGAUUCUGACGAGGACCAAGUUCAAGGUGUCAAUCCCUUGCUGGCUCAACACAAGGGGGUUUCGACAUCAGGUGGUUGUGGGGAGUAUCAAGGCAGUAACAAUCAGAGCCAGAACCAACAAACAUUAGUACAGUUGGGUAAACAGGGGGCAGCAACGCAGAAACCACAAAGGUUUUCUAAUGCCAAACCAGCAAGAGAAAAGCUGAAGGGGGACAAUGCAAAACGUACAGGAUCUAGAACAAGCCAACGGCCGUCCACUUCCCCUACUGGUGAACCUAGCCAAACUAAAACCAGAAGGACUAAAACUCAGCUGGUACAGAUUGGUGCUGAACGCAACAAGUCCAGUGAUUCAAGAAGAAGCAGAAAAAGACCUGGCCCAAGUUAAAUGGUCUUCCAAGCAUUUCAUCUCGUUGCAUAGCUGCUGCUGCUUGGCUGCAUCCUCCAGAUAAUGACACUGCAAUCAGCUGUAAUUUGCACUUCUCUGAACGGGGCAGCAAGACCAACAUGUGAAGGCGACCACCUGUGAAUAGCUUGACUGAAGUGGUGACCAGGCCUGACCUAUGACAACUGACACAUUAAGUUAACCUACCAUUAGCGCGUGAGAAAGCGUUCCCCUGCUGUAAAAAGAUUUGUUUGAGGAGCCAUGCAUGUCGAUGAGGACACAGCGAUCGUUCAGUUCGUUGCUUUGCUGACUUGGCGGGUUUGUGUCGUCUACAGAAAGAAAGGCUCAGCCGUCAGUCAUGUGUUAUGACUUGUGUGUUACAGCUUGUAACAUAAGCAAGUUUAAAUGUUCUGUAAAUUCGAUCCAUGGCCAUUGACACUGUAAUGUCAAGUAAAGUUGAUGUGUGCA